ACCCGCAGAGUGUCCGAAACUGGAAAACAAAGCCCGGAAUUUGAAGAAACCUUCAAUUUUCUUUCAUUUAGACGCCUUAGACUUUCAUGCCGUGUUGGAAAAACGUUGCCCGGCGAGUUCUUUUUCAAAUUUGUGUCCGGGAAGUAGCGGGUCGAGAGGGUUGUUUAUCUGUAGUAAGGGGAUUUUGAAACCGCCCCCCGUGCCCCAUUUCCUUGGCUGUUUGCAGCUUUUCGUUGGAUUCUCCAUGUUGGAGCAAUAGCGAGGUCUUUGCAAGGACCCGGGACUGGUCCUUUUCUUUUUUUUUUUUUUUCUUUUUUUUUCUCCUUAAAUAAAUAAUAUCAAAAAAGGGAAAUAAAAAAAAAGCGAACUGGAAAAAAAAAUAAAAGGAAUAAAAAGAAAAACUGGAACUGGACGCAAUUAAGAAGUAUAAAACACACUUACCUGUUUAAAAAGAAGAAAAUAAUAAUAAUAAUAAUAUACGGCGUUGGUGGGCUGUGCAUUAGUUAGAUGGAAAGGUCUGUAAUAUGUCAAGUGCAGAAGGAAGACACGGUUCUGCCAUCUAAACAAGGCCUGGUUAAGAAAUCCUCCCCCACCAAGCCUCGAAGCCGCAAUAUCUUCAAAGCUCUGUUCUGUUGCCUCCGAGCACAGAAUGCACCGCAGCCUCCCCCUUGCCAGGACCACUUGCUGCAGACCGAGGAGAACGGCUCGGUUGCUAAGUCUGAUCUGCUUCAAACACUACGUUACCAGUAUUACCAAAUCCCAGGUACAUGCCUCCUGCCCGAGGUGACCCUGCAGGACCAGGGCAAGGUGUGCGUGGUGAUCGACCUGGACGAGACACUGGUGCACAGCUCCUUCAAGCCAAUCAGCAAUGCGGACUUCAUAGUGCCUGUGGAGAUCGAGGGGACGACACAUCAGGUAUACGUGUUGAAGAGACCUCAUGUGGACGAGUUUCUAAGGAGAAUGGGAGAGUUAUUUGAAUGUGUUUUAUUCACUGCCAGCUUAGCAAAGUAUGCGGACCCGGUGACUGACCUCCUGGAUAAGCACGGCGUGUUCCGGGUGCGACUCUUCAGGGAAUCCUGUGUCUUCCACCAGGGCUGCUACGUGAAGGACCUGAGCAGGCUGGGCCGGGACCUGGGCAGGACUCUCAUCCUGGACAACUCGCCCGCCUCCUACAUCUUCCACCCCGAGAACGCCGUCCCGGUGGUCUCCUGGUUUGAUGACCUGGAGGAUGUUGAGCUGCUGAACUUGAUCCCUGUCUUUGAGGAGUUGAGCCAGGCAGAGAACGUUUACACCGGGCUGGCCCACCUGAGGACUCCAUGACAUUAAAAAAAAAAAAAAAAAAAAACACCUUAAGAAAAUACAUCAACAGCACAAGAAACCCCCCCACUGUGCCUUUUAAUAUUUCCAAAAGAGACAGCGCUCCGAGGGAGCCCUCCUGGUGAAACCUCUUUCUCUACUGCUACUUAGUAUUUCUUUAAAAAAAAUAUUAUUCUUCAUUAUUUUGUAUUGUUCUUGUGGGUGUUGUUUUAUUGACCGGGGUUUUGUGUGGAAAGUUUAAGAGCAAUAUGAGGAAACACAGCCAUAUUAAAAAAAAAAAAAAAAAAAAAAAAAAAAAAAAGUUUCAAACUUUCAGCCAAACAUGAACCUCUUCCGAGUAAUCUAGAAGUAUUGUGAAUACAUCACAGUGCAAUUGAAAAGCUACAGCUAACAGCCUGUCUCUUGACAUGUUGUUUAAGCAGACACGUUUGGGAUUGCAGGCUCACUGGCAGAAAUUGAUCAAUAAAAGAAAUGCUCUAAAAAGCGUUUGGUGCCAGAUGCUGGAGACAGCUGACAGUUUAACCUUUUGAGCUGCGAGACAAUUAACUCUGCUAUCAGGAACAUAUCGACACAGACCCUCUGUGCAAUGGCUGCAGAUUGGAUCACUAGACCGCAGGGAGGUAGGUUCCAGUUUGAUACUGGAAGGAGAUUUGCAGACUGUGGCUUAUGGUGCCGAUGGAAAUGUGCUGUUAGUUUCUUAUUGGAAACAAUAUCUAGGCUACUAUAAUUAGGUGUGGGUGGAUAAUGUGAGUGCAGUGUUAUAUUGUGGUGAAGACAGACCACUCCUUAGGUGGUGAGGGAGCAGAUUAGUCUCCAAGCUACAAGCCUGCUCUGGACUAAAGGGAGCACCCUUUCUCUUAGGGGAGGGAGGUAGCAGUUCAGUCUCCAUGCCUCAAGCCUGCCCUGGACUGGAGGGAGCACCCUUUCUCUUAGGGGAGGGAGGGAGCAGUUCGGUCUCCAUGCCUCAAGCCUGCUCUGGACUGGAGGGAGCACCCUUUCUCUUAGGGGAGGGAGGGAGCAGUUAUAUAGAAUGGAUAUAUUUUUUCUGACUUCCUUACUGGAUUGUUCCUUUCUAGAUACAGUUCUAGAUUUCUAUUGGGACCAAAACUGUAGUUCGGAAUAUUAGCAGUGCUGUAAAGAGAUGAACGGUCUCAGACAGGUUGCUGGAUGUUAGUGAUCUGAGUGUUUUAAAGUAGUUAAGAAGUGAGAACGUCAAGUAGUUUGAUCUCGACGGACAAGCCAACUGGCCCGGUGCUGAGCCUGUGUUUUCUGAUGCUGAUCUUGCGUGAUGUAUUUUUUUUGCCUUAAGUGUUGAGUGCCAGUGAAGUUUACCUGUGGGGCACACGUAGUUUUAAAAGGGAACGGAAUGAUAGUAGGCGGGAUAAAAGGCUGCGAAUCCCUGUGAUGGUUUAGACUGGAAAAUGAGAUGCUUGCUCAGAGGCUCUGCAGAAUCGCUUCUUAAAGGAAGCUGAAGUCUUCACACUUGAUGGCAGUGGUGGGGUGCACGUAACUGUGGUGUGCCGUGUGUAUUCAUGAGCAUGAUCAACUGAACCAGGCAUCUGGAAACACAUCAGAUGGGUUGCUGCACAAACCUUUGAUUGGCUGAAAGGACUAUUGAAAUCCAAAAUGCAGAGGAGAGGUUCAUACCUGCUAUAGUAGGAAAGUGUGGCACCAUUAUUUCUGAUACAAACAGUGUAAAAACACAAACACAACACUUUUUUUCCCCCCUAGAUAUUCCUUUGGCCACCUGAAACAGCUUCCUUAGAAAUCCUGAAACACUUUUUUUUCUUAGUAGUUUUGUAUCGUUUUUAAGAUGUAGUUUCAUUUGUUUCUUUUACUUGUGCGGCCUUUAAGCCAAAAAUAUCAAAUGCUGCACAAUUAUCUGUCUCUGCUCGAGAGAAGCCGAGGACUGAAAUGCAGGCAGGGGGUGUUCAGGUCAGUUUUGAAAUUCUCUCCCCUCUCUUUCUUUCUCUGAUCAUCACUAAUGCCAUUUUCCGUCACCUUUUUAUGACCUUAAAAUUUACCAAAUUAAAAAAAAAAAGUCUUAAAGUGAUGUUAUGGGGGAGAGAUACCUCCUUUUUUUGUUUUUUGUUUGCUGUCAACUCUCUGAAUGAUGCCUUAACAGAAUGGGUUGAUGAUGGUUUGUUUACAGAGGUUGUGAAACUAGCGCCAUUGUGGCUCUAACAUGGAGUUAGCACUAUAAUAAAACCAUAGAGCCGCUGGAGCCACAAUGGCAGACACCGGGGUGCAGUUUAUAUUACUACUAACUAUUCUAUUAAGUUUAUAAUGCUGGGCUAUUUGCAUAGAUCGCUAAAGCUAUCUCAUAUCUUGGGUGUAAAGUCUUAAAUAGCUUAAUAGAAAGAGUCAAAAUUGACACUAUUUUUUAUAUCUAUGAAUCCUAAGAAAAGACGGUUUUGUGGUGGUCUUUUUAUAUAUAUAUAAUUAUCUGUUACAUCUUUGAUUCUGACAAAGCAGUUUGUAGAUGGGUUUCUGGUUUUACAUUAUGUCUAUGCUGAAAAUGCAGUGUAAAUUAGCAGCGAGACAGCAGUGGCGUUGAUGCAUUGUGGACUGGACAGCGGUCUUCUAAGACAAGGUAGUGUUGUGUGGUGCAAUAUACACGUCAGAGUUUGCACGCCAUGUUAAUGAGACCGGGGAGAGAAAUUAGCAGGAAGCCUGACACCUAGUGGUGAGUUUUAGAAUGGUCAUUUGUCCUCGGUGUAUCUGACAGUAUUUACUAAACUUUAACUCAAUUUUUUUAAAGUAAACGAUAUAUAAAAUGUUUUAAACCGUUUUCUAAACUUUUUCUUGAGUACAUUUUAAAUUGUAUUUAUAGUUAUCCUUCUAAAUUGUGUGUUAAUGAUGUUAUAAUUAACUGCAAACCAAUGGGAAUUUUAAAAAAGGCUAUGUAUUUCUGCAAGGGAUUUCUACAUUAUAAAUAUAUUUUUUUAACUCUCGA